GCGGGGCUGUAUUUGGCGUCCGCGCGUGAGAGCGGGGCUGUGGUGAGUCGCGGCGGUGUGCUGUCUGUCGGGUGGUGACAUGGUGGGCUCCAGCGAAGCCGGCGGUGAGGCGUGGCGGGGCCGCUACUAUCGGCUGGAGGAGGUGCAGAAGCAUAACAACAGCCAGAGCACCUGGAUCAUCGUGCACAACCGCAUCUACGACAUCACCAAGUUCCUGGAUGAACACCCGGGUGGAGAAGAAGUCCUCAGGGAGCAAGCUGGGGGAGAUGCUACUGAGAACUUUGAAGAUGUUGGCCACUCUACAGAUGCAAGGGCACUGUCGGAAACAUUUAUUAUUGGGGAGCUUCACCCGGAUGACAGACGGAAGCUUCAGAAACCAGCAGAAACUCUUAUUACCACUGCGGAGUCUAAUUCCAGUUCAUGGUCCAACUGGGUGAUCCCGGCAAUAGCAGCAAUUAUUGUUGCCCUGAUGUAUCGUUCCUACAUGGCAGAGUGAGCAUCUUACUGGGAACUAAUGCAAGAAGAGACUGAUCUGGGAGAGAAUAGAAGCAAUCCUAACCCAAUGUAUUUCCAGACAAACGCCUGAUAUCCGAAGAUGAAUUCAACUUUUUCAAAAAACUGAACAAUUCUUUUCUGCUGUGCACUUUUCUUGAUGUUGCCUUCUGAUUUGCUGUACUGAAGUAAUAAAAAGGCAGCAUUUCUUUUCGUAUAACGACAUAUUCUCUAAUGAAUGAUUUGAUAACUGUAUUAUUUUCUGUAUUAAAAUAGUUUUGUAAGCAGCAUUCUGAUUCUGGUUAUAUCUUUUUAAUCUGUAAUGGGUCUGUAGGACUUUCUUUGCAUAUAAAUUUUAUAGCUUUAAAUUACUACCAAAAUUUGUACAUGUAUUUGUCUAUGUACACAGCUUAACUUAAAAAUCAUGUUGUCUUCUUAUAUGUGGAAUGUUAGAGAAAGAGUCUAAUUAAAAUAAACAUAAUGGAAAAAGCUGAGUAUAGUAAUGAGUACAGGUGUCUGUAAGUGGGUGGGUCCUGCCAGCUGGGCUAUAAGAAGAUAACUUUCCUUCCCUCUUGCCAUGUGCUCUUAGAGUUGUUACAGGUAUUCCUGCUGGCAAGCUGUUCUGUUUGACUGCCAAGGGAAAAUUAAAAGUAAAAUAUGAAAUCCACUGGCCCAAUUACAUGUUUCCGUUUUGUGAACUGUUGAACUGUUCUGCAAAAAAGGCAGAAAGUGCGCUUCCACUGAAUUCCACUACAGGUAAUAUAACUGCUACUGAGUAAUACUGUUCUUGCCAAGCACUCAGGUGACUCUGAAACUUGUUCUGAAACUUCCAGACUUGUAUGCAGUCUUCAACUUUGUCAUGGUAUGUUGUGAGGGGAAAAAAAGUGAUGCUCAGAAUCUGUUUUUGAUUGUUCUGUUAUGUGCUCCUUGGUGCUGUACUAUGGAGAGAUGACCAUUUUCUGUGCUGAAUACAGGACUGAAAGUGCAUUUUGUGGUGAAUUUUUUUAUUUUUAUUUUUUAGUCAUAUAUAAAUGAUCAUGAAUAAAAGUUUAAUUGCUUA